AUGUCUGGCAAACAAAACGACUACACGUACACUGGCCAUGGUACCAAUGACCAAGGCAACCACUACUGCUCGCGUGACUACGGUAGCAGCGGUACUGGAUACCACUAUUCCAACUCCGACGGGAGUUAUUACUACAGCAACCCGAACGGGUCUACUUACUAUAACACCGGCUCAGGUUACUCGCAGUACACUUCUCCCAGCGGAAACACCCAUAAAUCCAACAGUUCUUCUAAGUGA